ACUCGAAAGAACAAACGAACAAUCUCGUUACAAUAAYACGUAACACAAACCAAAGAGAGGAAAGGAAAUUAGAGAAUCGACAGGCAAAAAUAUUUUUGCAGUUUGACAUUCUGCAACAAUCACGACCUUAAAGUUCUUUGAUUCAGAUACACCUUGUUGAACCGAACAAACAAACACUGACAGAAUGCCAUUCUUCACGGAAGAGAAGAAGGAUGACGAGCUACGAAUCGCUAAGAGCAACAGCAGCAGCUCACUUGAUUUAAACAUCAUCGAACAAGAGCACACCGGGGUGUUCGAGGAUGAUGCGGAAGACGAAGAGAAAAAGGUGGUYAAGUUUGCGGAUGUUGAAGCGGAAAAGCAUGACGCUCAACGCGAUCAAGAACGAUCUCGCCAAGAGCUGUUGUCGAAAAUUKCUCGGUUGACAGACAGUCUCAAGGAAGCCCAAGAAAACAUUAAGUUUGAAAAGGACAAGCGAAAGAAAAAAGAAAAAUCACUCUUGAAACUAGCGAAGGAACUGAAGAAGAGGAAUCUUCAGAGGGAACAAGAUGAGGACCGAUUUGAAGAGGUACGUUUACAUAUCCUUUGUUUCACCAGUUAUGUACUCCAGAUUCUGUUCAUUUUAAAUCGAUAUGGAUAUAAAAGGGAAACUUAAGCUAACAAAUCAGUUUCCAUUGGGGAUGGUUGUCUUCAUACAAAUCUAAGCUUGAAGAGAAAAGAAAGUAUUUAGAACACCAUUGGGUCCUAGCCCAGAAAGAACUCGACCAAGAAAAAGCUUUGCAUGCAAAGCUYCACGWGGAUACCGAGAAAGAAUAUGACCAAGGCAUGAAAGAAGAAAAGAGCAAGUACGAACGAAUGUCAAAAGAAAACGAAACUCGAUUGGCGGAUCUUAAGAAAGCCCACAUUGAGCAAUGUGAGCAAUUAGGACGAGAAGCAUGGAAAGCGAAUCUAGAGGCAGAUCGCCUACAUGAAGAAUUGAUCGCACGAGGACUGGAUGUUCCUAGGCGUACACUCGCAAACGAAGAACGUCCCGCAGUGCGUGAUCAGAGUCGUUUGCAACUUAUUAUUCUCUACUUCUCCAUUAUUUCAUCGAUUGUAAGUUCUUUGCCUUGAUUUGACAUUUCUUUGUUUUGGGCAAGAUGACAUAAGUGCAGACACACGCUCAACUCACAGAAUUUUUUGUUACAGAUUUAUGCCUACCUUGGAAAUGAUAUCAAAGAAAUUUUCUCACGAAAAGGCAUCUGUGCACCCCUCAUUCCAGGCACGACCUUGGAUGAUAAUGCCUAUGGAGUUUUUGAAGCACCCUGGUGGGCUCCCGCUGUCUUCAAGGAGCAGAUGUUCACCGCCAUCUGCACGGAAGGCGGGUUUAAUUCAGCACUUUCUAAGACUUUUUCCACUCCAUCUUCUAUUGAAUGGGCCAGAGACGGCAAGAACAACAGGCUAGUCGUAUCAACGCAAGGCAAGGCCGUACUAAAGAGAAGCACUGCGAAGGCUCAGAUCAAGGUCAACUACAUUGAAUUUUGGAAAAGAAAUGGUUACAGUGAUGAAGUUCCUGUCGACUGGUUACCAAAGAGUUAAUUGAACCUAGCUGACCACAUCGCGACACCAAAUCCCUUKAAUCCAAACCUUCCAUUAAAUACCGAGGUAAGCAUAUGCUACACAUAAUCCCUUCCGAUCUUCCUGGACAAUAGAUUGCUAUAGAGAGCACGAGGCACACAAUAGUUAUCAAAUGGUAAAAAAUCACCACAUCAACAUUCCGCCCACCAAACUUACCGUGUUUACAACAUUAUUCAACAACGCACGACGAACUGAUUCAUGGACACGAACAAAGAAGCGAUUGAAAUGAAAUCACUGUCUAUUCACCGUUCAUAUGUUAGGUAUCCAAAGCGAAAACAACAAAAGAAACGCAGAGUUACAACAAAUACAACAGUAAAAGGCUAUCGCAAUAAAAUAUCUAAACUACA